UUUUUCAACAAGAGAACAUGAAAAACUAGACUCAGUUGACAUGGUCUUCAGCUAUUUGUCCAAAUUUAGUAAGUGGGAUGUUUCAAUUUCCGUAACUUGAUAAGAAUUUUUGAAAAGAUACAUUUAGGUGAAUAUGUUUUCUAACUUUCUACUAUGAAGAAUAAACUUCAGAAAGGGAACUCAGAGAACUGGAAGAAUUAUUUUCAAAAGUCCAAUUAAAAUAGGAAAAGUGGAAAACUUGAUUCUCUAAGAACUUUGUUUAAACUUUGACUGGCAUAUUUCCUAACAGAUGAAUGUUUCUUAGGAAAUGUCAUGAAAAUAAAUGUUCCCUUAAAUUUAACUAUAAAGUGAUUAGUUGAUGUUAGAACUACAGAAUCCUACUUCUGAAAAAUUUCUUCCUCUUGCACAUGGAUGUAUCUUUUCUUAUUGACUGUUUGUACUUUUUUCACAUCUCACAUCCUCUCCCUUACUUCAUACUCUGUUAGUUGAGUAAAAAAUGUAACAAGAAACAGCACAAUGAUGGCAAUCUUGGUGAGGAUUUCAUGGAUGGCAUAAUAAUAGAGUUGACAAGGAUCAAUAUAUUGAAAAAAUGAAAUGCAAACAAAUUUAAAGGUCCUCAGAUUGCCACUUGCAAAUAUCUAAUGGAUAUAUUGGGGAAUAUACUGAUAAUUUGGGGUCAAUUGACCCCUCUUUUUUUUGUCUUUUUUUUUUGUUAAAAGUUACUAUUAUGUAUAUGUGCAUUUAUUUAAACUGACCUUCAUAAUUUAAUUAUUCAACCCACUUUUUUAGUGAUAGAAGUAUUUAUCCAAUUGGGAGGUCUAUUAAACCUCUUAUUAAAAAAUGUUUGUAUUUUUACCACAAAACUUUUUUUUCCUAGAUCUGCCACAGAAUGGAUUUGGUUAGUUUUGUGGAAGGAAAUAUCUAGGUGAUUUGCUAUGUGAAUCUAAUUUCCUUUCUAUUAUUGGGCAUGGCUUUCGGUGGAAGGAAUUUUUCCGUUUAUAAUAACUAUCAAGCUCAUGUAACACUUGGAGUUUGCUGGUUAUUGAGAUUUGUCUCCCUUUUUCUGUUCCUAAUACCUAGUCCAUAUGUGGUUAUGAAGUUGGCCAAUGAAAACCAUUCAUUUUGAUUCUUUUCAAUAUUUGUCAACGGAGAACUUAAAUCAUUGGAUUGAACACUUGGUUCUUGUUCCUAAUCAUUAUUCUUGGUGAACCAAAUAAGGUCUUGUGCUUCUAGAGAAGCAUGGAUGUGAGAUUUGAAGAACAAAUGACUAUUUGUUCUCCUUACACUAUAAUUUAAUUAUAGGUUCCUUUCCAUCUAUUAUUUGCAUGUCUUAAUAGAUUAUAAAUCAUCAAUUCAAAAAGUUUAUUUCCUUCCUUUCUCUCUCUCUCCUAUGGCUGAUAUUGCACAAGGGUAGCAUAGUAUCAACCAUGGUUGGGUGAUCUUAUAGAUAUUUAAAAUAUAUCCUUGUUACAUCGUCAUGGUCAAGUGCAAAGGGAGUGGGGACUAGGGGGAGCCUUGGCCUCCCCAACCUCCAUACAACUUCUUAUGUAUCUAUACAUUUAAGGAAAAAAUGUUUUAUUUUUGUCAUUAGCCCCUCUGAAAAUAAUUUAUUGUUUUAUCAUGGUAUAGUUAAUGUGAAAUAUUAGAAGUAUUUAUUUUUAUUAUAUAUACAAUAAAUUUUUACGUUAUUGGCAUCCUCUAAAAAAUUUUAGUCAAUUGUACUCUAUUAUGAUUUUUUGAAUAUAUGACAUUAAUAAAAUGAGUAUAGUUAAUAAUUUUUCAAAUUAAUUACAUGUGUACAAUAUUGAUCCUCUAAAAAAGAAUUUUUUGGCUUCAGCCCUAGUUAUGGUAUAUCAAACAAUAACAUAUUCUUUUAUUUACCUUGAGGACUAUGUUGUGAAUUAUGUAUUUCACAUGGCUCGAAGUUAUAAUGUGAGCGAGUUAUCUUGAGCAAAAAAAUCUUAUACUUGUAGUCUCUAUUUUCUUCCUUGCUUUCCUUUUGGCUCCUACUAAAUCUCGUCUUGCAUAUGUAAUUUGAUAUUUUAGAGUUCGAGUUCAUGCUUUUAGGAGUACCAUAGUUUGGAUUUAAUUUAUUCAGUAAUAACAAGUUGUACAAACUUGUAAGUGUCUAGAGGCAACUUUCUAUUUCUUUAUAUCACUAGGAUGAUUAUGUUAAUGUGGUUCCUCCAUAUUGUCCAAGUGCUAGGUUCUCUAAGUUCUUGAGAGAUUCUAGCAAGAAGACUAGGAGCUCAAUUCCUUGAAUUCCUUGGUGCAAUGGAUGAAAUGAAUGGGGUGGAUGCUCUUAGCUCAAUGCCAAAGCCUAACAACGACAAUGUUGAAGGUGAAAUGGAGAAAGAAGAUAAGAUGGAAGAAGUGGAUAAGGGUAAGAGUGGCAUUGUUGAAAUUGAGAUAGCUUCCUCAAAAACGAUGAAGGUGGAUGGUGAACAAUCAAUUUUGAUUCUUGUAGAUGAAGAGAAGGAACAAUUUUCAAAAGAAUUUGAUAAGAUUGUUGGUUGUGAAGAGGAUAAAGAAAAUAUGCAAGUGGAGAUGAAUGAUAAUAAGAUUGAGAAUGUUGAAACUGAGAUAACUUCCUUGGAUCCAAUGAAUGCAAAUGGCGACGAAUCAAUUUUGAUUCUUGGUGGCAAGGAGAAGGAAGAGUUUGCAAAAGUCUCUAAUGUGGUUAUAGGACAUGACAAGGAGAAAGAGCAUGCAAUGGAGGAUUUGAAUAACAAAGAGAAUCCUAAUGAAGGAGUGGUUCUUGUGGAAGAUGCUAGAGAGGAGGUGAAGAAUGAAGAACAAGUGGAAGCUAUCGUCAAGAAGAAAAUAGAUAAGCCAAGGAAGAAGGGAAAAAAGGUCUUAAAGAAGAAGAUGGCUUUGAAGAGGUCGAAUGAAGUGAUUGUCAAGGAUACAAAUGAUCAAGAACCUACAAACAAGAACCUUCAAACUUUGAAUGAUAAAGACAAUGUUGAUGAUAACGAGAUGCAUGAAGAAAGCAUAAAAGAACAAGCGAAGAGUGAAGAUAAAGUAGAAGAUAUUUCCCAAAAGAAAAUAGGCAAGUGGAGGAAAAAGCGGGGAAAAGACUCAAAGAAGAAGAUGGCUUUGAAGGGCAUGAAUGAAGUGAUUGUCAAGGAUAAGAAUGACCAUGAACCUUCAAACAUAAAGGCAAUAAAGAAUGCCAAACUUUCGGGGAUGAUAUUUAUGUGUAGUUCUAAGACAAAGAAGGAUUGCUAUCAUUACAAGGUUUUAGGUCUACCCGCAAACAAGAGAGAUGUUGUUCUACAAAUCAAUGAAGGCAUGAAGCUAUUUUUGUUUGAUUUUGAUUUGAAAUUGCUAUAUGGAAUCUACAAAGCUACAGGACCUGGAGGUUAUAAUAUUGAACCAAAGGCUUUCAAGUCUGCAUUCCCCUCACAGGUGCGGUUCAAUGUUUAUGAGGACUGCAUGCCGCUGCCAGAGGAAAAGUUCAAAAAGGUCAUCAAAGAGAACUACUACCGGAAGAACAAAUUUGAUUGUCGUUUGACAUCAAAACAGGUGAAGAAUUUGUGCAAGCUUUUUCAACCUGUAAGCAAAACCUCCAUCUCAAAAGGGUUGCAGAGAAAUCCUGGAGCACAGACACGUACAUUUACUGAUCGAGAUAAGAGCAGAAAACGAAGUCGCAGAACAGAAACCAGUAGAUUUGCUGAUCAGGACAGGACUAGGAAGCGACACCGCGACACCUAUAGAAGGGAGGACACCUAUAGAAGGGAGGACACCUACAAAAGGGAAGACACCUACAAAAGGGAAGACACCUAUAAAAGGGAAAUUUAUGCAUCCCCUGUUGCCCCUCUGCAAUCGCGUGCACUUUUACCCUCAGCAUCAGCUGUUGCGCCCCCUCCCAGAUCAUAUUCUUAUGAAGGGAACUUGCAAAUGAACGAUUACAGAAGGGAUCCGCUUGUUGAGCAUCAGUACGUGCGACUCCGAGAUUUGGAGCCGAGGCAUCGACAGCAGCCUGAGCGUUUAAGGAUCCAUGAGCGUCGCAAUGAAUUUUCUCUAGGUCUGGAAAUGAGGCAUCAAAGGGAGAUUGAACACCAUGAUCCCUAUGUUCUUUACAGGGAUCGUGUUUUGGACCAUGAUGUCCCAUAUUAUGCUUCCCAGCCAUCUGAAUAUCAGCCUUACACGAGGGCAUUGCUUCGUCCUGCUGCUCCGCCCCAGAAUAUCGGUCUAUAUGACCGGUAUAUUGGUACCAGAUCUCAGUACUGAGAACUGAGCAAAUUCUGAAACAAGUGGCAGCCACAUUGAAUUUACGUCGUCUUUCGUGUUAAGCAGUGAGCAUCAGCAAUCUCGAGGCAGAAACUGCUGUUGUCUAUCAUGUUAACUGCUGUUUAGACUGUUUUUAGUUUGUUGAUUGUAUUUUGGUGCAAAGAAUUCCUAGCUUGUGAAAUCAAAUUAGUGCCAGGAACACUAUUUGCUUUGCCCUUGACCCUUAAGAUUCUGAAUACAAUUUAUUUUCGAUGGGAGCA